GAGGCCGCCGGCAGCAGCACCUGGUCUGAGAUGGGGUCCCAGGUCUCGAUGGACGUGGGAGCCGUGCAUGUGGUGAUCGUGGGCGGGGGCUUUGGCGGCAUUGCGGCCGCCAGCCAGCUGCAGGUGCUGAACAUCCCCUUCGUGCUGGUGGACAUGAAGGACUCCUUCCACCACAACGUGGCAGCCCUCCGGGCCUCCGUGGAGAGUGGGUUUGCCAAAAAGACAUUCAUUUCCUACUCGAUGACCUUCAAGGAAAACUUCCGGCAGGGCCUGGUGGUUGAGAUAGACCUGAAGAAUCAGACGGUGCUGCUGGAGGACGGCGAGGCCCUGUCCUUCACAUAUCUCAUCCUGGCCACGGGCAGCACUGGGCCCUUCCCAGGCAAGUUUAACCAGGUGUCCAGCCAGCAGAUGGCCAUCCAGGCCUAUGAGGACAUGGUGACGCAGGUCCAGUGCGCACAGUCCAUCGUGGUGGUCGGAGGAGGCUCUGCGGGAGUGGAGAUGGCAGCAGAGAUUAAAACAGAAUACCCUGAGAAAGAGGUCACUCUCAUUCACUCCCGAAUGGCCCUCGCAGACAAGGAGCUCCUGCCCUGUGUCCGGCAGGAAGUGAAGGAGAUCCUGCUCCGGAAAGGCGUGCACCUGCUGCUGAGUGACCGGGUGAGCAACCUGGAGGCUCUGCCUCUCAACGAGCAUCGCGAGCACAUCACGGUGCAGACGGACAAAGGCGCGGAGGUGGCCGCCAACCUGGUGAUUGCCUGCAGCGGUAUCAAGAUCAACAGUUUGGCCUACCGCAGCGCUUUUGGUGAUCAGCUGGCCAGCGAUGGCGCUCUGAGAGUGAACGAGUACCUCCAGGUGGAGGGCUACAGCCACGUCUAUGCCAUCGGUGACUGCGCCGAUGUGAGGGAGCCCAAGAUGGCCUAUCACGCCAGCCUCCACGCCAGUGUCGCUGUGGCCAACAUCGUCAACUCCAUGAAACAGAGGCCCCUCAAAGCCUACAAGCCAGGUUCACUGACGUUCCUCCUGGCCAUGGGGAGAAAUGACGGCGUGGGCCAGAUCAGUGGCUUCUACGUGGGGCGGCUCAUGGUUCGGCUGGCCAAGAGCCGGGACCUGUUGGUCUCCACGAGCUGGAAAACCAUGCGGCAGUCUCCACCCUGAUGGGGAGGCUGGGCGGGAGAUAGGAUGGCCACCCCAGGGAGGCUUCACCCAGUCCUCCAUUCCCGUGGACCACAGCCAACCAGGCUCCCCUUCUGGAAGUGGGACCUGUUGCCUGAGAAACACAAGCCAUUCCAUGCCGUCUGACCUGGGGCCUAGCAUGCUGGGAGUCUCAGCUCCAUAGUGAUAGGCCUGGUUCUAUAUAUAACAUUCUUAAGUUUCCACCCAUAGGGACACAGUUCUCCAAACUGAGCAAGAUGUUACAAUAAAAGAGUAUGUUGUAAG